ACAAACCUUGAAAACAUUAUAACAACAGAAAGAAGCCAGACACAAAAGGCCACAUAUGAUAUGAUGCCAUUUCUGUGACGUGUCCAGAAGAGGCAAAUCUGUAGAGAAGGAAAGCAGAUGAGUGGUUACGAGGGGCUGGGCCAGGAGAGGGACUGCUGUGGGCAUGGGGUUACUUGUAGAGGAUGAAAACUUCUGGGAUUAAUAGUGCACCUCUGUAGCCAGAAGGAGAAGGUCCCAAGAUGACAGCCACCUCGCCUGCUCUUUCGUGCUGCCCUUCCAAGCACAGGUGACUCGAAGGUUGACAGGGGGAAGGCCUGACUUCUCCACCAGGUAAUCCAGACCUGCCCCCAGAUCCAGGCCAGAUGAGUAAUGCAGAGCAGUUUCCAGAGCGUGUAAGUAGCAUGGUCAAUGCAGGAGCGAUGAGUGGCUCUGGAAACCUGAUGGAUUUCCUUGACGAGCCGUUCCCUGAUGUGGGGACGUAUGAGGACUUCCACACCAUCGACUGGCUGAGGGAGAAGUCACGGGACACCGACAGACACAGAAAGAUAACCAGCAAAAGCAAGGAGUCCAUAUGGGAGUUCAUCAAGAGCUUGCUGGACGCCUGGUCGGGAUGGGCGGUGAUGCUGCUCAUUGGCCUGCUGGCAGGCACCCUGGCCGGGGUCAUCGAUCUCGCCGUCGACUGGAUGACAGACCUGAAGGAGGGCAUCUGCCUGUCCGCCUUCUGGUACAGCCACGAGCAGUGCUGCUGGGCUUCCAAUGAGACCACGUUUGAGGACAGGGACAGGUGUCCCCUGUGGCAGAAGUGGUCGGAGCUGCUGGUGAAACAGUCGGAGGGUGCCAGCGCUUACAUUUUGAAUUACCUAAUGUACAUCCUGUGGGCGUUGCUGUUUGCGUUUUUGGCCGUCUCCCUGGUACGAGUAUUUGCGCCAUACGCCUGUGGCUCUGGUAUACCUGAGGUGAGUGGAAGCUGA